UAAACAAUGUCUGGUCACUUACUCGCCAGUCCCAUUGCUUAUACAGUUUCAUGCCAUACCACCCUCAGUGUAUUUCACUCACUGGUUAGGCCUAUAAUAUCUAGAUUUUUUUUGGGUUACUCUCAAAAAGACUGCUGUGGACUAGCUUCUUGCAUCAAGAUUUCAAGUCCCUUUUGAGCUUACUUGACCACUCUGCUGAAGAAUGGAGUACUGUAGAUUUUACUACUGUGCUUCACUUAUCCUUUCCAUUUCAGGUUUGGUAUUUCCUGUAAUGGUGGGUUCUAUUGGGAUCAAUUAUGGUCAGAUUGCUAACAAUCUUCCAGCACCAGACAAUGUAGUCCCUUUAGUGAAAUCAAUUGGGGCAACAAAAGUGAAACUUUAUGAUGCAGAUCCAAGAGUGCUUAAAGCAUUUGCUAAUACAGGAGUGGAAUUCAUAGUUGGUCUUGGAAAUGAGUACUUGUCAAAGAUGAGAGAUCCAGAAAAGGCACAGGCUUGGGUUAAAACAAAUGUUCAAGCUUAUUUACCAGCAACAAAAAUCACUUGCAUCACAAUUGGCAAUGAAGUCUUAACCUUUAAUGACACAGGUCUUACAGACAACCUCAUUCCUGCAAUGCAGAACAUUCACACAGCUUUAGUAAAUUUGGGACUUGAUAAGCAGGUCUCAGUUACUACAGCUCAUUCUUUGGCAAUUCUUGAAGUGUCUUAUCCACCUUCAGCUGGAUCUUUUCGAAAAGAUCUUGUGGGGUGCAUCACCCCCAUAUUGAAUUUCCAUGCCAAGACUAACUCGCCAUUUUUAAUCAAUGCAUAUCCCUUUUUUGCAUACAAGUCUAAUCCCAAACAAAUUUCUUUAGAUUUUGUGCUGUUUCAGCCAAAUCAAGGGAUUGUUGAUUCGAAAAGCAAUUUCCAUUAUGAUAACAUGUUGUUUGCUCAAAUUGAUGCUGUGCAUUCUGCAUUAGCAAGUUUAGGAUACAGUAAAUUGCCAGUUCAUAUAUCAGAAACUGGCUGGCCAUCGAAAGGGGAUGCAGAUGAAGUAGGAGCAACCCUCGAAAAUGCGAAGAAAUAUAAUGGGAAUUUGCUUAAGAUUAUUUGUCAAAGGAAGGGAACUCCAAUGAGGCCUAAUACAGAUUUCAACAUUUAUGUUUUUGCUUUGUUUAAUGAAAACAUGAAACCUGGACCAGCUUCUGAGAGGAAUUAUGGGUUGUUUAAGCCUGAUGGAACACCGGCAUAUUCGCUUGGAAUUAGUGGAACAGAUGCUGUUAGUGCUAACACCACCACCACCACUGGUGCUCCUGCGCCUCCGUCACCGGAUAGUUCUUCAACUGGGUAUUUGUCAAUUUCUGCUGCUGUAAAGGAAAGAUGUUGUAGUUGCAUAGGCCAACUGUUGUUUCCACUGCUGUUGUUGAACUACUUGGCCUUUAGACUAGCAUUUUGAACUGUGUUUUGCUUUGGAAGCCCUUGAUAAAAAAGAAUCAGCCGUUGAAGCAAAAAUGGAUGGAAAGAAGGGAUUUGGAGAGAGAAGGAGGCAGCUUCUUAGCUUAAAGGAAAGGUGAAGUUCAGUUCUAUUCCUUUUGCUUGUACACUGCAAAAUGCAAAGCAUCAUUCUUUACCAUUAUUAGUAGACUACCACCGCCAAGUGCUCAGUGAAUUCCAUUCCCAAUGAGCCUUAAUAGCUCCUCAGUUGGGCCCUUUAGCACCCACUUUUAUUGAUAUUUUCGAUUAGUUUUUACUGCCACAAAGGGCCAUCUUGUUGGUAGGAAUUUCCCGUGGACCAUUAUAUCCUGACCAGUUGGGCCCUUCACUGCCCACUUCAUUAUUGAUAAUUGGUGCGGUUGGUGGGGGUGGACAACUCAUAGGCAUGGCUGGUUAUGAGGGUUGCUUUCACUCUUUUUAGCUGGCAAUGCCUUUCAACUUUUUGUUCUCUUGUCUUUUGCAGGGGAUGUUUUCAUAUCUCUAAUAAUUUAAGUUUGCUGAUGGAGAGUUUGAUAGAUCAAGCGAGAGUGGAUUGCAUCUGUUGCUUGUGAUAGAUUACUGAUUAAUUUGCUGUAGUUGUUUCUACUUUAUUUAGUGUGAAUGAGAUUUUAUUCUCUCUCUUUUUCA